UCAAGGCAAUAACAGCAAUUUGUCUUAUUUAUAUUUAUUCACUUGCUACACGAGGUUACGAUUAAAGACCUUUUAUAUAAAUUACUCCAAUUAUUUUCUGCAGUGUAAAAUCAAAAAUUAAUGAUGAUAAAUCAUCAGUUAAUUGUCAAUUUUUCUAUUAAUGAUAAAAAAAAGAAAUAAUUUAAUAACUCCGGAAGGAAUUUCUAUCUGAGAAAACUAGUCGUCAGUGAUAAGGUAUCUGAGGUAAUUCAGGACAUAGGAAAAUUUAUAGGCUAAAGUCAACGGGAAACUGAAAGCUUCCAGUGAUAUUUCUUGGCUUCUUGCCAGAUUUUAUGUGCUAGUGUCGAAAUCCGGAUCCUAUGAUAAUCUUAACUUCAACUGAAUGCAAAUUGGACAAGUUCUCUAAUUCAAAAUUGCACAUAAUACAAAUAAACAUGAACAACUGCAACGGAUAUGAAUUAAUUUAUGAAGUAACUAAAUAAAAAUCUUCUUUGGUUUAGUUGUUUUUAAUUUAAUUCAAGUAAUUAGAGAAAAUUAAUACUAUUAUGUAUUUAAACUGUUAGAAGAAUUUUAAUGUAAGACAAUUAAUUUAAGUGAAAAAGUAUUGUGUCAACUUGAUAAACAAAUAGCGACGUAUUUUAUUUGUUGAAAAUAGUUACUUGGUGGAAUUAUCUAUCUCCUGAACAUCAAAGAUGUCGGUAGAAGUUCGUGCAGCACGUCCUACUAGUCCUACAGUUCCACAAUCAAAAAGGCCUAUUGUUAUCUAUCCUACUGUCGCACCUGAAAGUAUCAUCAUUCCCAUCGUAUCCUGUAUCUUAGGCUUUCCAUUAUUAGCACUUUUGGUUAUUUGUUGUUUGCGGAGAAGAGCGAAACUUGCUAGAGAACGUGCAAGGAGGAGAAAUUGUGAUUUAGAUCAUGGAGCUCUCAACCUUGUACGUUUCAGCCCCGUGCAUCGAUUAGUUGGAGUUGAAAAAACACCCAGAGCAGUUUCAUUUAAGAGUGAUCGUAAUUUACGAAAUUUACCAUCAUUGGAGUUAGAUACAGUUGUUGAAGAGCGUUCGGAUCCAGAACAAAGUACUGGUCUGGAAUUGAGUAGUCCCGACUAGCAAUUAGCCCCGGUACCAUCCAGGUCUCCAAGAGGAUCACAGACUUUGACGGCACCACCAAACUUAGAUCAAAGUCCUUUAUGGACGGCGUUGACUACUGCUAAUUCAAUGACCAGUCUACCAGGAGAUACCUAGCAAGAGGCUAACGAGAGCAAUAGUUUCAUUAGUGCUCUCGUUUUGGAAUUGCCUAUAAUUUACUGACCCAUAAACGAUGUAGAUCAUCAAAUAAAUCCACCGACGCCUUAAAAAUACUUUUUAAUUGCUCAUGGGUCUUCAUUAUGAUAUCAAUUAAAUGAAGAAACGUUCUUAAAUUAAUAAGAUUAUUAUUAAAUACUUAGUGUUAAUAAGAGUAAAUUUAAGAUAAAAUUAAUUUAUUUAAAUUAAAUUAAUCAAUUUCAAGAAUUUAUUAAAUCAUUAAUAUAUGAAUUAAAAAAUAAGUAUUAUUAUUAUUAUAAAAGUAAUAUUUCAAAUGGCUUGAAAAUAUUUUAUACACAAUUGAAAAGCACAAGUAGAUAUAAGAGCUUCAAAGCUGCCUAAUUAUGU